CGGCAGCUCACUGAGCUCAGUGCGCAGGCACAGGGAGCGGGGCUCUCGACAGGGGGAAUAAUACGUGGUGUCUGAGGCUGGAGACGCUCAGAGGGAUGGGACCCGAACGAGAAGAGAUCGGCAGCUAGCAGCACGGCUCCUCGGGCAGAGCACGGCAUCGGGAAAGUUAAUAAGGAUGAGUUCAUGUGCUGAUAUCUGUGGGUCCCAUCAAUCCCAAAACACCCCAGAAGGAGGAUACCAUCGUUAUGGAGUUCGGUCCUAUCUGCAUCAGUUUUAUGAGGACUGCACAGCUUCAAUCUGGGAAUAUGAGGAUGAUUUUCAGAUCCAGAGAUCGCCGAGUAGGUGGAGCUCUGCUUUCUGGAAGGUCGGACUCAUUUUGGGCAUUGUCCUCAUGCUGAUAGGUUUAACAGUACUCGCAGUUGGUUUUCUGGUGUCUCCUAAAAUCGAGGCUUUCGGCGAAGACAAUUUUGUUGUUGUGGAUAGUCGUGCCAUUGAGUUUAAUGGCGCACUUGAUAUUUGUAAGUUAUCAGGGGCAAUUAUGUUCUGCAUUGGAGGAACCACAUUGGCGGCAUGUCUGCUUAUGUCUGCCUUUGCCAAGAGUUACUCCAAAGAAGAAAAGUACCUUCAGCAAAAAUUUAAAGAAAGAAUAGCAGACCUAAAAGCUCACGUCCACCCGGUGACAAAGGCCCCGGCACCAGGAGAAUCGAAGAUACCUGUCACUCUGUCCAAAGUUCAAAAUAUUCAGCCAUCAUCUGAAACUUGACAUUUACUCAUAAGUGUAAGUGUAAUUACAUUGAAAAGGUCAGCUUUUGUGAAUGUUACAGUUAAAGUCUUAUUUUCAGAACUGUACCAAGCUGAAAAAACAUAUGAAUAGACCUCAUAUCAGCAAAGUGUGAAAAGAUAGCAAUUUUUGUGUGUUAAUAUGGGAAGUUUACAAUGUCUUAAUGGUAAAGCUUCUGAAUCUUAUACAGCCAGCUACACACAAUACUUAUUGACAACAGCAGCAAAGUGCUAUUUAUCUUGUGCUUUGACUUUUUUUGUUUGAACUGUUACUUAAGCUAAAUAGAGACGUAUUUCAACACAAUUUUGUGUUUACCGAAAAUCUAAGAGAGUUACAUAUCCGUUAUGAAGUGCUUGGCUCCCUGCAUAGACUGAAGAUGCAUAAGGGGAGAGUAAUAUGUACAAGCAGAGUGCUUAGAGUUCA